CUCGCAUGAGAGCCGACACAUAUAAAAGCGCCAGCCGCUCGCGCUACCGGUCCAUUUCAGUCCAGAAAUACACAAGUGUGGCUUUUUUCCUUCGUUUUCAUCGCUGUAUCGAUUCUCAGAGAUCCUCCUCCCAUGGCGACGACCGUCUCGGGCGUCUGUACUUCCUCCUCUUCAACCUUUAAGCCCGAACGUAUCGUUGGAAGAACCACCACUGCAAUCUCCCUCCCACACUCUCUUCGAUCACUACGCAAGGAUUCGGUAUCCUCUCCGAACCUUUUGAAGCUGGUUGUUCGAUCUUCUGAUCGCAAUUUGAAUCCGAAGCCACUCAAAUCCGUCGCUCGGGAGGUACCGGCAAGUUUGUCGAGGACUGAUAUCGUUCCGAAGCAGAGUAAGGGUUUAGAGAAAGAUGCGGAUGCUCUAUGGAAUCGGUACGUUGAAUGGCUGUACCAGCACAAGGAGCUGGGGUUGUUCCUUGAUGUGAGCCGGAUUGGAUUUACGGAUGAGUUCUUUCAGCAGAUGGAGCCGAAGUUGCAGGCUGCUUUCAAGGCGAUGCAGGGACUCGAGAGGGGCGCAAUUGCCAAUCCAGACGAGGGUCGGAUGGUUGGACACUACUGGCUUCGCAAUCCUCAGUUUGCUCCUAAUUCUCAUCUCCGUUCGCAAAUUGAGAACACGUUGGAUGCUAUCUGCAACUUCGCUGACGAUAUUAUCGGUGGUAAGAUUAAGCCCCCAUCGUCUCCAGAGGGCCGCUUUACUCAUGUCCUUUCUGUGGGAAUUGGAGGUUCAGCUUUGGGACCACAGUUUGUUGCAGAGGCUUUAGCUCCUGAUAAUCCUCCUCUCAAGAUAAGAUUUAUUGAUAAUACAGAUCCAGCUGGAAUUGAUCACCAAAUUGCACAACUUGGACCAGAAUUGGCAUCAACACUUGUGGUUGUAAUUUCCAAGAGUGGAGGUACACCUGAAACUCGAAAUGGUCUAUUGGAAGUACAAAAGGCUUUCCGAGAUGCUGGCCUUGAUUUCUCAAAACAGGGUGUUGCUAUUACACAAGAAAAUUCUUUGUUGGAUAAUACUGCAAAAUUAGAGGGUUGGGUAGCAAGAUUUCCAAUGUUUGACUGGGUGGGAGGAAGAACUUCUGAACUGUCUGCAGUUGGUCUGCUUCCAGCAGCACUCCAGGGAAUUAAUAUUAGAGAAAUGCUUGCUGGCGCAGCACUGAUGGAUGAGGCAACUAGGAUUACUGUGGUGAAAGAUAACCCUGCAGCUUUGCUGGCUUUAUGCUGGUAUUGGGCUUCUGAUGGAGUGGGAUCCAAGGAUAUGGUUGUACUUCCGUACAAAGAUAGCAUGUUACUUUUUAGUAGGUAUUUGCAGCAGUUGGUCAUGGAAUCACUUGGAAAAGAGUUUGACCUGGAUGGUAAUCGGGUGAAUCAAGGGCUUACUGUCUAUGGGAAUAAAGGGAGCACAGAUCAACAUGCCUACAUUCAACAACUGAGAGACGGGGUUCCCAAUUUCUUUGCUACCUUUAUUGAAGUAUUACGUGAUAGGCCUCCUGGUCAUGAUUGGGAGCUUGAACCAGGUGUUACUUGUGGUGACUACCUUUUUGGGUUUUUGCAGGGAACGAGAUCAGCCCUUUAUGCCAAUGACCGUGAAUCCAUUACGGUCACAGUGCAAGAAGUGACGCCCAGAACUGUGGGGGCUUUAAUAGGAUUAUAUGAACGAGCUGUUGGGUUUUAUGCUUCGCUCGUCAAUAUUAAUGCCUAUCACCAACCAGGUGUGGAAGCUGGGAAAAAGGCUGCAGGAGAAGUGUUAGCACUUCAGAAGAGGGUUUUGGCUGUCCUAAACGAGGCUAGCUGCAAAGAACCUAUUGAAUCAUUAACACUUGAAGAGAUAGCAGAUCGUUGCCAUGCCCCUGAACAAACUGAAAUGAUUUACAAGAUUAUUGCACACAUGGCGGCAAACGACAGAGCACUCAUUACUGAAGGCAGUUGUGGAUCACCUCGAAGCAUCAAAGUUUUCCUUGGGGAGUGUAAUGUUGAUGAGAUGUAUGAAUAAGCUCUAUAAAAGAAAACAUUUUGCAUGGCUUAUGCUUAGGGUCACGGAAAGAUUUCCAAUUGAUGGGUUUAGCCUUAUAUUAGCCCAGCAUCAUGAAAGGUGGGGGGUUCCUAUUUGCGUUGUUGCUUAUUUUUAUGUUCAGUGCAUUCAUAAAAUGGAAGGGUUUCAAUGCUGUACUGAAAAUAGCACCUCAAGCUGUUCUGGGUGCAGGCGGAGGAUUUAUUUUUCGAGUUUUCAAUGUUUAAGUUUUCCAUUUGAAUACUUUUCAGCGCAUUUGCUUGCGUUGUUUAGUUUGAACGUUUUAUUUACUGUCUCCUUUUACACACGUGUUUCUUUUUCCAUUUCUUUUCCACCACUUAAUGAAUUUCUGGUAUGGUGAGCCUCUAUUGUUCA